CUUGCAUCCAACUCGCGGGGCCUGCAAAAUGUCGCUCGCGGCAACGGCGCCAGGAGGCGGCGGCCCCAAGAGCGCUUCAGACGAGCUGGUUUUCUACGUGAACGGUAGAAGGGUUGUAGAGAAGAAUGCAGACCCUGAGCAGAUGACGCUGUCUUAUUUGAGGAAAAGACUUCGUCUCACGGGUACCAAGUACGGCUGCGGUGGAGGCGGUUGCGGUGCAUGCACGGUGAUGAUCUCAAGAUAUGAGCCAGUUGCGAAGAAGAUCAUUCAUUAUUCCGCCAACGCAUGCUUGCUUCCCUUAUGUUCGCUGUACGGCUGUGCCGUCAUCACCGUGGAAGGAAUUGGAAGCACCAAAACCAGGAUUCAUCCAGUUCAGGAACGGAUAGCGAAAAGCCAUGGCUCUCAGUGUGGUUUCUGCACCCCGGGAAUGGUGAUGUCCAUCUAUGCUUUACUGCGCAACGAGAUGGAGCCCUCAACAGAACAAAUCACUGAAGCGCUUGCAGGGAAUUUGUGUCGCUGCACUGGCUACAGGCCCAUUAUAGAUGGCUGUAAAACCUUCUGUAGGGAAUCGUUUUGCUGCCAAAAUAAGGAAAACAAGGGCUGUUGCUUGGAUGAAGAAGAUAGUAUACCUUUGUUACCUAACAAGGAAAGGAAGGUUUGCACAACAUUGUUUUCUGCAGAUGAAUUUCAGCCUUUGGAUCCCACCCAAGAGCUAAUAUUUCCUCCAGAACUCAUGCGAAAGGCAGAGUGUCAAACCGCACAAACUCUUGUCUUCCAUGGAGAAAGAACGACGUGGAUUUCUCCUGUAAAUCUCAGGGAACUCCUGGAACUGAAAGCCAAGUACCCCCUGGCACCUCUCGUUGUAGGGAACACUUGUGUUGGACCGGAUAUGAAAUUUAAAGACGCAUUUCAUCCAGUUAUCAUUUCACCCACAAGGAUAUUGGAUCUGCAUACGGUGAAACACACUGAAGGGCUGCUGCUUGGAGCCGCCUGUAGCCUGACCUUGGUGAAAGAUGUUCUGACAGAUGCCGUUUCGAAACUCCCAGCAGAGAAAACCAAGAUAUUCCGUGCCCUUUUGCAACAAUUAAAAACUCUGGCUGGGCAGCAGAUCCGAAAUGUAGCUUCUUUGGGAGGAAAUAUCAUAAGUAGAAGUCCUACAUCUGACAUCAAUCCUAUUCUGGCUGCUGGAAACUGCAUCCUCUACGUGGCGUCACAAAGGAGAACACGAUGGCUUCCUGUGGGUGACCUUUUUGUCGAUGGGCUUGGAAACAAUACCUUGGAACCAGAAGAGAUCCUAGUAUCUGUUCACAUUCCACAUUCCAGUAAAGGAGAGUUUGUAUCAGCCUUCCGACAAGCCCAGCGACGUGAAAACGCUUUGCCGAUAGUUAACGCAGGGAUGAGAGUUCUUUUUGAAGACGACCGUGACACCGUUAAAGACAUUGGCAUCUUUUAUGGAGGCAUGGGCUCCACUACGCUCGCAGCAAAGCAAACGUGCCAGGCCCUCAUUGGGAGAUCCUGGGACGGGCAGCUGUUGGAUGAAGCUUGCAGAAGCCUACUCAAGGAAAUUUGUCUCCUGAGCUCAGCUCCUGGGGGCAAAGUGGAGUACAGAAGGACCCUCGUUGUUAGUUUCAUGUUCAGAUUCUACCUGGAGGUGCUGCAGUCCCUGAAAAUAAUGCCUCCUGGUCUGUAUCCUGACAUUCCAGACAAUUAUUUGAGUGCCCUCAAACCUCUGCACUCCAAAAUACCUCAGAGUAUACAAAUGUACCAGGACGUGGCGCCAGGACAGCUUGCCCAGGACUCGGUUGGCCGCCCGAUCAUGCACCUGGCCGGUCUUAAACAUACCACAGGGGAAGCGAUUUACUGUGAUGACCUUCGUGCUGUGGACGAAGAGCUCUCCCUUGCUCUGGUCACCAGUUCCAAAGCCCAUGCAAAGAUCGUAUCAAUAAAUGCUUCCGAAGCCCUCAAGAUGCCGGGGGUGGUCGAUGUCGUCUCUAUUCAGGACGUUCCAGCUACUAAUGAGUUCUAUAACUAUGAUGUCCCGGAUAUUAUAUUUGCCAGAGACAAGGUGACCUGCGUGGGUCAGAUCGUCUGUGCCGUGGUUGCGGAGUCAGAGGCUCAGGCUAAGAGAGCAGCUGCCAAGGUGAACAUUCGGUAUGAGCCAGAGGAGCCUGUCAUCCUGACCAUAGAGGAGGCGAUAGAACACAACUCAUUCUUUGAACCGGUACGAAAACUGGAACACGGGAACGUGGACGAAGCAUUUAAAACUGUCGACCAGAUACUGGAAGGUGAGGUCCUUAUUGGGGGACAGCAGCACUUUUACAUGGAAACGCAGAGUAUUCUUGUGGUUCCGAAAGCGGAAGAUAAAGAAAUGGACAUCUAUGCAUCAACUCAGCAUCCAGCAUUUGUACAGGAUAUGGUCUCAUCAUGUUUAGGUGUCCCAAGCAAUCGGAUUAUGUGCCACGUCAAGAGAAUCGGAGGAGCUUUUGGUGGGAAGCUGCUGAAAACAAGUCUGUUGGCUUGCGUUACAGCCGUGGCCGCCAAAAAGACAGGCCGUCCAGUCCGCUGCAUUCUAGACAGAGGCACUGAUAUGUUAAUCUGUGGAGGUCGGCACCCUACCAUUGCCAAAUACAAAAUUGGCUUUAUGAACAAUGGCAGAAUUUUGGCCAUGGAUGUCAGUGCGUAUGUUAAUGGAGGAUGUACUCCUGACGAUUCCAUUUUGGUUACAGAGAUACUCCUUUUGAAAAUGGAUAAUGCCUACCACAUCCCAAACAUACGUUCUUGCGCUCUUGCUUGCAAGACAAACAUGCCAUCCAACACAGCUUUCCGGGGAUUUGGCUUCCCGCAAGGCGGUCUGGUUACCGAAACUUGGAUAACACGCGUUGCGGCCAGGUGUGGUUUAUUGCCAGAGCAGGUUAGGGAAAUCAAUAUGUAUAAAGAAAACGGACUAGCACCUUACAAACAAGAGUUCAAGGCCCAGAACCUGCUUAGGUGUUGGAACGAAUGCCUGGAGAAGUCUGCCUAUGACGCCAGAAAAGCCGCUGCGAAUGAAUUCAACAAGCAAAAUUACUGGAAGAAAAAAGGGAUCGCCAUUAUACCCAUGAAGUUUCCAGUUGGUUUUUGCACACGCGUUCUGGGUCAGGCAGCCGCUCUGGUUCAUUUAUAUACUGAUGGGUCUGUGCUCCUGACACAUGGCGGCGUAGAAAUGGGACAAGGACUUCACACCAAAAUGAUCCAGGUCGCUAGCCGAGAAUUAAAGAUGCCGAUGUCAAAUAUUCACUUUUGUGAGACAAGUACGACGACGGUCCCUAAUGCAUGUGCUUCAGUGGGAUCUAUGGGAACUGACGUCAAUGGAAUGGCAGUGAAGGAUGCCUGCCAAGCUCUUCUGAAGCGCCUUGAACCCAUCAUCUCUCAGAAUCCGAAGGGCUCUUGGAGAGAAUGGGCAAAAGAAGCUUUUGAUCAGAGCAUUAAUCUAUCAGCAACAGGUUAUUUCAGGGCUUAUGAAGCAAACAUUGACUGGGAGAAGGGGCAAGGCCACCCAUUUGAAUAUUUCAUUUUUGGAGCUGUUUGCACUGAGGCUGAAAUAGAUUGCCUGACUGGAGAUCGCAAGAAUGUCAGAACAGACAUUGUUAUGGAUAUUGGCUGCAGCAUCAAUCCUGCAGUGGAUAUCGGUCAGAUUGAAGGCGGCUUUGUUCAAGGACUUGGACUUUACACAAUGGAGGAAAUUAAAUUCUCCCCCAAAGGUGUCCUUUACACACGAGGUCCAGAUGAGUAUAAAAUCCCUGCGGUGUGUGAUAUCCCUGAACAUUUUAGUGUCUCCUUGCUGGCUUCUUCACAAAGCACAACAGCCAUCUACUCUUCCAAGGGCCUUGGUGAAUCAGGGCUUUUCCUGGGAUGCUCCAUGUUCUUCGCCAUGUGGGACGCAGUGGCCGCUGCAAGACGAGAACGCGGAUUGUCCGAGGACUUUGGCCUGAACAGUCCCUUGACUCCUGAAUGCAUUCGAAUGGCCUGUGCGGACCAGUUUACUGAAAUGAUCCCAAAGGAUGAAAAGCCAUCUCCAUCCUGGUCCAUCUCUCUGUAGAAGUGAAAAUGGAGCGGAUGCAAAGGACCGUCAGUGACUUCUUGGAGGAACAUCGCCCAACAGUCAAUCAAUGUGAUUCAUUUUAAUCCAGUAUUUAUUUUCAUUUGUGGGGGGGGGGGGGGGGAGAAAUAUUUCAGGCUGCUUGUUCAGUCUCAGGCGAGCUGGAAUUCUGAACUUUCAAAUAAUGUGUUACUAGAGGAUUACAGUUAAAGAUCCAGUGACUUAGUUGAUUGGUGUGUUUAUUUGGGCCAUCAUUGAUACAAAAACAGACAACAAAAUUUUGGUGACUUGGUUAUUUCAAAACGAUACGGUAAAUUUGCCCAUGUUAGUCCCAAUCUGUGUCCCCCUCAGCAAAUAUCCUGGACCAAUUUCUCACUAGCCUUAUCCUGCUCUCACGCUCCUCUUCUGUCCAGGGCUUCCGUCGGAUUUCACACUAUCUGCCUCAGGGCAGCAACUAGCUUCGCCUUUUUCGUGUGCCAAGCAGAAACCUCUAAAAAAAACAGUUUCUGUUUGCCGCGUGAAAAAGGUGAAGCUAGUUGCAGCCUCAGGGCAGAUAGUGUGAAUUCUGACGGAAUCCCCGCAGAGAAGAGAAGUGUGAGAGCGGCGUAAGACUAGUGGGAAAUCGGUCCUGGUCUCCUUUCUAAUUCUUUUGCCUGUUGAGUCUCCUCAACCAUACAUUCCUCAUCUUAGAUCCUCCCGUUAUCAUUUUGCCAUGGGUUCCUUAAAUCCUCAUCUCUCUUGUUUCUUCCUCUGCAUUUCAUUGCCUCUCUGGGGAAAACUGUAUGUUAUAAAGAAUGUGUGGCUACCCUGCACAGCAGCUGCAUCUGGAACACCCCUGGGCAAUGUUGAGAUGAAUGUAGGGUUGCCAACCUUCAGAUGGGGCCCAAAGUUCUCCUGGAAUUACAGCUGAUCUCCACACUGCAGAGAUCAGUUUUCCUGGAGAAAAUGGCGACUUUGGAGGGCGGACUCUGGUGCCAGAUUCUUGCUGAACUCCCUCCCCAAACUCCGCCCUCUCCAGGCUCUGCUGCCAAAUCUCCAGGAAUUUCAUUACCUGGAGUUGGCAAUCCAAAUUCCAUACCUUGUGUUCUAGGACAGUGGUGGCCAACAGUAACUCCAGAUGUUUUUUGCCUACAACUCCCAUCAACCCCAGCCAUUGGCCAUGCUGGCUGGGGCUGAUGGGAGUUGUAAGCAAAAAACAUCUGGAGAGCUACCAUUGGCCACCCCUGUUCUAGGGUCAUUAUGUUGGUACGCCCCUGCUCCCCUCCACUGGAUGUUGGUAGCUUCCUGCGAUUUGAUGCCGAGCGUCAAAUUGAUUCGUUUUCUCCUUUGUUGGCUUUGGUUGUGACCUCAGUAUAUAUAUCUCAGAAGUUUGCAUUGGAUUUGGUUUUAGACUUUGAGGGGGGUUUUAUGUAGGGCUUUUUUUGUAGCAGGAAUUCCUUUGCAUAUUAGGCCACACACCCCUGAUGUAGCCUAUCCUUCGAGAGCUUACAGUAGACCCUGUUAUAAGAGCCCUGUAAGCUUUCGCAGGAUUGGCUACAUUAGGGGUGUGUGGCCUAAUAGGCAAAGGAGUUCCCGCUACAAAAAAAAAAGCCCAUGUUUUAUUAACUCUCAUAGUAUACCCAGGUCUGCAGGAGUGGGAAGAGUCAUCCAGCAUCCUCAGAAUAAGAAUUAUUAUACAACUGCUGAGUGAUAGAAAUUACAUUGAAAGAAGAAUAGCCUGUUGUAUCACACCGGCACCUUUAACAUGAAUUGCCAUUAAACUCACCUGAGGGCUGGGCGUUAAGACAAUCUUUUCAGAAGUUCAGGUGGAAAGACCCAGGAGCGUGAAAGGAUGUGUGGAUUACGCUUCUGAAGUCGCUCCAUCAGAAUAUUCUACAUAUCCUUUCAUGUGGGAAAAACAAGAUUACCUUUACUACCGUGUUAUCGUAGCUAUGAUUAGAUAUCUUAAUGUAAUGGGUAUUGAAAUCUAGUCAAUGUGAGUGUGCCAGCAGUAAUUCCCACAGGUGAAAUGACAAUGUUUUCAAUUUUAUGGCCUCCAUUUCUUUUGGGUUGUAAGCAUAGGUUUAUAAUUAUAUGCCAGGAACCAGCUCUGACUAAAGAUUCCUCUUCCACCCCGCAAGCUUCCAUUAUUCCAGAAGUGGUAGCAGCCAGGUACAAUUUGCUUCAGUAGAGACCCAACCCCUAAGCACUCUAAACAAUAUUUUAAUUGGUCUUUGUGUUGGUUUUUUUAUAACUGUAAUUUUAAGAGACUUUCAAGUGUAAAAAAUAAAUUGCUUUUCCAACACCGAA